UCAUUGUCGUCUCCAUCGCAGUCACCUCUUCGGGUCAGGCAGAAGCACCUGGAGGAUGUCAGCCCCUGGGCUGCAGAGUGGAGGCCCAGCCCCAAGGCCCGGACCCCCGGUACCUGAGCUGAUCCGGAAGAAGCGAGAUGGGGAGCAUCUUGCAGAGGACGAGAUCUUCAGCUUCGUGCAGGCCGUGACGGAUGGGACCAUCCAGGAUACGCAGAUUGGCGCUAUGCUGAUGGCCAUCCGGCUACAGGGCAUGGACUGGGCAGAGACGGAGGCUCUGACAAGGGCAAUGGCAGGGUCCGGGAAGCAGCUUGCGUGGCCAAGGGAGUGGGCAGGGCGUCUGGUGGAUAAGCACUCGACUGGAGGUGUGGGGGACAAGGUCAGCCUGGCCCUGGCCCCUGCGCUGGCUGCCUGCGGCUGCAAGGUGCCGAUGAUCAGUGGGCGAGGCCUGGGCCACACAGGCGGUACCCUGGACAAGAUGGAGGCAGUGCCAGGCUUCUGUGUCUCCCAGAGCCCAGAGCAGAUGCGGGAGCUAUUGGAGCACGUGGGCUGCUGCAUCGUGGGCCAGAGCCAAGAGUUGGUCCCCGCGGACAGAGUCCUGUACGCUGCACGUGACAUGACGGCCACUGUGGACAGCCGCUCGCUCAUCACUGCAUCCAUUCUCAGCAAGAAGGUGGUGGAAAGCUUGUCCGCCCUCAUCCUGGACGUGAAGUUCGGAGAGGCCGCUCUGUUCCCCAGCCUGAAACAGGCCCGAGAACUUGCAGAGACCCUGGUGGAGGUGGGGUCCCAGCUGGGCCUGCGUGUGGCCGCUGUGCUGACCGCCAUGGAGGGGCCCGUGGGGCGACGGGUGGGCCACGCCCUGGAAGUGGAGGAAGCACUGGAGUGUCUGGAAGGCGCAGGCCCCCCCGACUUGCGGGACCUCGUCACCCAAAUCGGUGGCACCCUGCUAUGGCUGUGUGGAUCAGAACCAACAGUGGCUCAGGGAGCAGCUCGGGUGGCCACGACCCUGGAUGAUGGCUCGGCCCUGGACCGGUUCCAAGCCAUGCUGCAGGGCCAGGGGGUCACGGCCUCGGUGGCCCGGGCUCUGUGCUCCGGCCCUGGGGCGGCUCGGAGACGGCUGCUGCCUAGUGCCCCCACCCAGGAGGAGCUGUGCGCCCCUUCUGACGGCACAGUGGAGCAGGUGAGGGCACUGCCCCUGGCCCAGGUCCUGCAGGAGCUGGGAGCGGGACGGAGCAGGGCUGGGCAGCCCCUGGACCUCAGCGUUGGGGCCGAGGUGCUGGUCAGUGUGGGGCAGCGGCUGAAUGCAGGGACUCCCUGGCUGAGGCUCCACCACGCAGCCCCUGCCCUGAGUGAAACCCAGCGCCGCACUCUGCAGUCAGCAUUGAAGUUGUCCUCCAGGCCACCCUUCCCCACCCCCCAGCCCGUAUUCGAGCUGGUUCUGCCACCGACCACCAGCUGCCCACAGGACUGACCCACUGGUGGCUUAACCUUGGGCAUCACAAGCGGGUUCAGCAAAGGUUUGGCAUAGAAUAAGCUCUUAAUAAAUAUGUACUCUGGCUGGCAGAUUCAGCAACACAAAUGACCCAGCAACCUGAGGGAUGGCCAGCAGAACUUCUUUCUCUCCCGAGCUGGGGAGGCGUUGGGCUGGCCAAGGGGAUAUCACCACUACAGUGGCAUUGACAGCGGGCACCACAGCAGCCUCUCCCCCACUACCUGGUUUUCUGCCCCACCUCGGUAUCGCUCCGGCCUCCUGGUCUACAGGAGAGAUCCUUGGAGCCACCCUCAUCACCUGGGGGCUGGGGCUUGGGGCCUGGCACUCAUCCUGUUUUCAGUUCCUCUAUCCCCGCUCUGGUUCUGGGGCAGAAAGAGGUCAAUCAAUCAGUAGUGUUUAUUGAAACCUAUACUACCUUCUUGGAGAAUAGAAUUUGGUCCCUGCCCUCAAGAAGCUCACGAUCUACCAGGGCCACGGUUGCAAACGUAAGUCAUUUCAAACCACAGCAUCUCUUGAUAGGAAAUGUACAGAAUGACAAACAGAUAAAUGUCAGUUAACAAAGGUAGAGAAUGUGCGUGAGUCCUGAGGGCAGCUGCUGGAUGGACCCACUUGGGUGGCGAUUAAUCAGGAAAGACCUCCUGGAGGAGUGAUUUCAGAAGAGUUGCGAAGACACAGAAGGCCGGGGUGAGGUGACUUGAAGGGGGAGUGAGUUCCAAUUGGAGGAAAGAUGUGAGGCAGGGGUCAGAGGUGGUUGGCCAAAAGGACUCUGCUUUCUCAGGUACUCACUGUUCACCCUGGUAUUCCAGACUCUCCUCUUCGGAUCCGGCUGCUGUUCCCCUUAUGCCACAGUGCCUUUCCCCUAUUCCAUCAGCCAUCCCCUGCCACCUGAUCCCGUCAAUCAGUCAACGGUAUUCAUUGAGCGCUGUGGCACAGCACCGUACUAAGCGCUUGGGAAUAGUACAACA